GGGGCACAUGCAGAACAGGGCUGCCAAUUGUGACAUGGCUGCCAAUUGUUGGGCUCCUGCUCAACGCAUAGUACUUGCAUCCCACUUGUCUGGGUCGCUCAUUGUGCUCCAUUCUUUUGGAUCGCGUGUUGUGCCCUAGUCUUCUGGGUCACCCUUCUUGCCCCAUUUGCCUUGGUGGAUCACUGUGCCCUGGACCUCUGCCUGUAAUGUCCGGGCUGCACAUGUGGGCCCCACAGUUCCUGUUCCUGUGGCAGCUGUUGUGGCUGCAGAUCCAGGCAGCUCCGAUUCCGGAGUUGGCCAUGGACUCUAGCCAGCUGACCUCCAUCCCCCUGGGUCCCACCAAGCCCUGGUCUUGGGAUCAGCAGACUGCAGCUCCUCCACUAAACCCUGGGGUGACAUUUCCACUUCUAGAGCCUAAUCAGGCUCAGCAGCCAACCUUUCCACCAUUGGAACUGGAAGUCCCUGUUAUUCCAGAACCUACUUGGGAGGCUGGUGCUACAGCCCUGCAGCAGACUGUAGCUCCUCCAAAGCACCCUGCGAUGACACUUCCACGUCCAGAGACUGUUCAGGCUCAUCAGCCAACCUUUCCACCUUUGGACCUGGAGCUCACCAUCACUCCAGAGUCUACAGUGGAGACUGGUGCUACAGCCCUGCAACAGACUACAGCUCCUGCAAAGCUCCCUGAGGUGACACUUCCACCGCCAGAAACUGUUCAGGCUCCUCAGGCAACCUUUCCACCUGUGGACCUGGAGCUCACCAUCACUCCAGAUCUGACUUUGGAGGCUGAUGCUACAGCCCUGCAGCAGACCACAGCUCCUGCAAAGCCCUCUAAGGUGACACUUCCACCGCCAGAGACUGUUCAGGCUCCUCAGGCAACAAUUCCACCUGUGGACCUGGAGCUCACCAUCACUCCAGAGUCUACGGUGGAGACUGGUACUACAGCCCUGAAGCAGACUACAGCUCCUGCAAAGCACCCUGAGGUGACACUUCCACUGCCAGAGACUGUUCAGGCUCAGCAAACAACCUUUCCACCUUUGGACCUGGAGCUCACCAUCACUCCAGAGCCUACAGUGGAGACUGGUGCUACAGCCCUGCAACAGACUACAGCUCCUGCAAAGCUCCCUGAGGUGACACUUCCACCGCCAGAGACUGUUCAGGCUCCUCAGGAAACCUUUCCACCUGUGGACCUGGAGCUCACCAUCACUCCAGAGUCUACGGUGGAGACUGGUGCUACAGCCCUGCAGCCUACCACAGCUCCUGCAAAGCACCCUGUGGUGACACUUCAACAUCCAGAACUUGUUCAGGUUCAGCAGGCAGCUUUUUCUGAAGUCACAGCCACAGUUCUAUCGUUUGACCUGGAAGUUACCAUAACACAGCCACCAGCGUCAUCAGAGACAGUUCCUCCAAUGACUGAACAGAGUGCCACCGUGAACAUAUGUGAGCUCUGUUCCUGCAGUAAUGGGACACUGUCAUGUAUUGGUUUUGGCUCAAAGCGGAGGCUCACCAGAGUGCCAGUACCAGAGCCCAGCACCUAUAAUGGCACCUUCACCAUCUUAAACUUGCAAGGAAAUGCUAUUUCUUACAUUGGAAAAUGUACAUGGAAGUCAUACUCUUUGGUUGAGAAACUAAAUCUCAGUGGAAAUAAUUUGAGAGAAUUACGUAAAGAUUCAUUUGAAGGCCUGCCUUCCCUCCAGUAUUUGGACUUGUCCUGCAAUAAAAUAGAAUUUAUUGAAAAGAAUGCAUUUGAAUCAUUACCUCUUUUACAAUAUAUAAAUCUUGGUUGCAAUUUAAUUACAAAAGUGAACUUUGGAACAUUUCAGACCGGGCAUGGAAUGCAGCUGUUACACAAGUUAAUUCUCCAUCAUAAUCCUCUGAUGACUGUUCAAGAUCCAUAUCUUUUUAAUUUGCCAGCGUUGAAAUAUUUAGACUUGGGAACAACACAAGUGACAUUGACAACACUUGAUAACAUUCUCAUGACAGCUCCUGAAUUAGAGAAACUUAUCUUACCUAACCAUUUGGCCUGCUGCCUCUGCCAAUUUAAAAAUAAUAUUGAGGCUGUUGCCAAGACGGUCAAACUGCAUUGUGAGACCGAAUGUGUGACCGACACACCUUGUGAUGAAGAACUCAUAAUAGAAGGACCGCUAAUGAACACAUUUCAGGGUCGACAGAACACCAGCACUGAGCUGACCAUUGAGCCAGAGAGGACAUCCUCUAUCAAAAAUAGCGACACUUCCUCAUCCGUUAUGAGCCUUCUAAUGAGACUGCUCACUGGGCAGCAGGAAGUAAAGAUAUCCAACGCAGACUGGGAUGCGGAACAAUGGAAAGAUGAGAGGAUGCAUGCCCUCAGGAAGCAGGAAGAGAAGGAGACUAAUGAGAUGGAGAUCGACUUAAGUUCCCAGUGGCAAAGUCAAAAGCAGGACCCUGUUUUGCCUGACUGCGAAGUCCGUGCUUCUUACCCCACUGUUCUGUCUCCUUAA